UGGAUUUUUACGGCAGAUUCAGAAGUGGACACACGUGAAUUUGCUGAAUAACUUAGGUUUAAAAAUUGUGCCAAAUAGCCUUAUUAUUUUUAAAAAAUAGCUAAAACAAGAGUCAAACUAAUACUCGUCAUGGGAACCCUAGCCGCAGCUCUUGGCUUACUGUUGAUAAUCGCCAGUGCGCGAUCUGAUGAUUCUCCCAAAGGCCCUAAGGUCACCCACAAGGUUUAUUUUGAUAUUACCAUUGGAGGAGAGAGUGCAGGCACAGUAGUCAUUGGUUUGUUUGGAAAAACAGUUCCAAAAACUACUGAGAACUUUUAUGCCUUGGCUCAAAAGCCUGAAGGAGAAGGCUACAAGGGCAGCAAAUUCCACAGAGUGAUUGAAAACUUCAUGAUCCAAGGUGGUGACUUCACCAAGGGUGACGGCACUGGAGGACGCAGUAUUUACGGUGAUCGUUUCGAAGAUGAGAACUUCAAGCUACGUCACUAUGGUGCUGGUUGGCUGUCCAUGGCUAAUGCUGGAAAAGACACAAAUGGAUCCCAGUUCUUCAUCACUACCACCAAGACCCCUUGGUUAGACGGCAGACACGUUGUCUUUGGGAAAGUUUUGGAAGGAAUGGAUGUUGUGCGUAAGAUUGAAAAGUCGCCGACUGGCGCAAACGACCGUCCAGUAAAGGAUGUUGUCAUCGCGAACUCCCGUGCCGAACUUGUCGCAGAGCCAUUCAGCGUCACAAAGGAGAGUGCUCAAUAACACAAUGUUUAUUUUAAGUUAAGCCAUAAUACACUUUAAUUUUAAAAUGACAGUGCUCAAGUCUCUAACCGAAAUACGUUGUAAAUAUUCAAUCGUGAUUGAAGAACGCAACACUGUUUUAGUUCCAGUGCAUUUACAUAAAAAUCAAAAUGAUAUUAUUUUCUCAUAUAAUUAUGUUUUGUUAAACAACAAUUUUACAGGGUGAAAUUUGAGAUUGAAAAUACAAAUCUUUAAUUUUAAAAUAUAUUGUUCUUAAUAUUCAUUUUAAAAAUAAAGUUAUAAGAUUAA